GAAGUUUGGAACCCAUCCAUCAGACGAAUUUAGAAACCCAAUGACCUUUUUUGGGUAAGUAAAUUAUAUACACUAAUACACGCCCUCAUAAUUGAAUACAAGGAAGAGGAUACACCAUUUUCAACCACUCAUCAAUGCUAUGCUAAUAUUUAUAUUAUUUGUUGAUUAAAUUCUGAGCUUUGGGGUAAGAAAAAGAGGACUGGGUCCAUUUGUGGCGAUUCGGGCGGCGGAGAAAGAAGACGAUAAUAGAGAGAGACGCCAAGGAAUAGGGUCAUUCUUUCUUCUUCGACUCUCUCUUAUCAUCAUCUUCAACAAAUGAGACCCAGACCUUUCCAUAUUCAUGUUGAUUUUCUUCUUCAAAUCAUUAUCGAUCUCAUCGAUUCAUCAUCAUCAUAGAGAACACGAACAAUCAGCUGUUGGUAGUCUCUGAUUUGUUCGGUCGCAAACCGAACCCUAAAUCCGAAAGAAAUUCAAACCGAUUUGACUGACUCUUCACUGGCCAUGCGACCUUGGUUCGCUGUGAUCUCCCUCUCGAGAGAGGACUUGUUCAAUUCCAAGCAACACUUGCAAUCGUCUCAAUCGUUUUCUCAUAGUUUCAGUAAUGGCCGCCGAUUCUCAUGGCCCUAGUCCCAAGGGCCUUCUCUGCAAUGCUGGAGCUGGUGCCGCAGCUGGAGUUAUUGCAGCUACGUUUGUGUGUCCUUUAGAUGUUAUUAAGACAAGGUUUCAAGUUCAUGGGCUACCAGCUGUCAACAAUGGAACUAUUAGAGGUAGUCUUAUAGUUGGUAGUUUGGAACAAAUAUUUCAGAAGGAGGGGCUGCGCGGCAUGUAUCGAGGGCUUUCCCCCACUGUUCUUGCAUUACUUCCAAACUGGGCAGUUUAUUUUACAAUUUAUGAGCAGCUGAAAAGCUUUCUUUACUCUGAUGAUGAGAAGCAUCAUCUCUCGAUUGGUGCCAAUAUGAUUGCUGCUUCUGGUGCUGGAGCUGCAACAACCAUUGCCACUAAUCCUAUUUGGGUAGUCAAGACAAGGCUUCAGACUCAAGGAAUGAGAGCAGGUGUUGUACCAUACAGGAGUACGUUGUCUGCUUUGAGGAGAAUUGCUAGUGAAGAGGGUAUUCGUGGCUUAUACAGCGGUCUUGUGCCUGCGUUGGCUGGUGUCAGCCAUGUUGCCAUCCAAUUCCCAACUUAUGAGAAAAUUAAAGAAUAUUUGGCCAGUCGAGAUAACACUACAAUAGAUAAACUUAGUGCACGGGAUGUUGCUGUUGCCUCCUCAGUUUCCAAAAUAUUUGCAUCUACAUUGACAUAUCCACAUGAGGUAGUACGUUCAAGGCUACAAGAACAAGGGCACCACUCUGAUAGACGGUACUCUGGCGUUGCUGACUGCGUUAAGAAAGUAUUUCAGCAAGAGGGCAUCCCUGGAUUUUACCGUGGGUGUGCAAUCAACCUGCUCAGGACUACCCCAGCUGCUGUAAUCACAUUCACCAGCUUUGAGAUGAUUCAUCGGUUUCUUGUUACUUCGUUCCCUCCUGAUCCACACCCUCACACAUUGUGAAAGAUUAAUCAUCAUCAAAUUAUCAGUGGAUAAAGCAAUGUGCAUUACUAUGCUAGCAGGCAAGUAAAUUUUGGCCAGUGUCAUUUUGUUAAGACGAGGAUACAGCCUCCUUGAUUGGAUGUGUAUUUCAAUUUAUUGGUCGGUGGAAGAUACAUUCAAUAGCAAUGGGAACCCUCAUUGAACUUCUGUAAUGUGAAGCUCGUGGAAAAAGUGAGGAGUACGACAAAUUGAUGAUUAUAAUGACGAUAAAGAUUACAUUGUGGACAUUUUAAACAUUUAAAUUUUUUUUUGGAAUACUGAAUAAUUGGGAUCUGUUUCAAGUUUGCCCAGGAUUAACAUUCACUUACUAUUUAAUCUCAUCUGUGGAUUUUGGUUA